CCGCGGGCCGGACUGGGCGGGGGCGGCCUCCUCGGCUCGCAGUCGCCCCGCUAGCAAUGUCCCCUUGCUAGGAUGUUUUCGAGCAGCCGGGCCUUGGCCGCCGGGCCCUGAGGCGGCGCCCCGAGGCCCGGGCCCUCCGGAGGCCGGGCGGUCGCGCUCACUGCGGGGUCUCCCCCAGCCCGGGGUCCUGGAUGUCGGGGUCCGCGCCGUUCGCGAGGAGGCUGGUCCACCUGGACCUCAAGGGAGCCCCGCCCAAGGUCUCGUACCUCGCGGAGGUCUUCCCUCUGUUCCGCGAGCUGGGCGCCAGCGGCCUCCUGGUGGAGUAUGAAGACACGUUCCCCUACGAGGGCCCCCUGAGGCUGCUGAGGGCCGCGCACGCCUACAGCCCCUCUGAAGUCAAAGAGAUCUUGCUUCUGGCCAGACUGAGUGAGCUGGAGGUCAUCCCCUUGGUCCAGACAUUUGGACACAUGGAGUUUGUGCUGAAGCACGCAACCUUUGCUCACCUCCGAGAAGUACCGCCCUUCCCCAACACCCUGAACCCCCAUGAGCCAGAGUCCCUGGCCCUGGUGGGAGCCAUGAUCGACCAGGUGCUGGCGCUGCACCCAGGCGCCCGGUGGCUGCACAUCGGGUGCGAUGAGGUGUAUUACCUGGGCGAAGGCGAGGCCUCGAGGCGCUGGCUGCAGCAGGAGCACAACAGCAAGGCAGCGCUGUGCCUGUCCCACAUGAGGGCUGUGGCCAGCCACGUGCUGGCCCAGCACCCCGGCACGACGCCCCUGGUGUGGGAUGACAUGCUGCGGGACAUCCCGCGGGACCAGCUCACAGCAUCAGGGCUGCCGCAGCUGGUGGAGCCGGUGCUCUGGGACUACGGGGCCGACCUGGACGUGCACAGCAAGGUCCUCCUCAUGGAGAAGUUCCGGGAGUGCCGCUUCCCACGCCUCUGGGCGGCAAGUGCCUUCAAGGGGGCCACCGGGGCCAGCCGGGCCCUGCCGCCCAUCGAGCACCACCUCCGUAACCACACGCGAUGGCUGCAGGUGGCGGGCAGCGUGCCCAAGGACUCUCUGCAGGGCAUCGUCCUGACCGGCUGGCAGAGGUACGACCACUUCUCGGUGCUGUGUGAGCUGCUUCCUGUGGGGGUCCCGUCCCUGGCCGCCUGCCUGCAGCUGCUCCUGCAUGGAGGGUUUACCGAAGAUGUUAAAACCAAGGUGGAGAACCUUCUCGGGCUCUCAAGCUUGGAGACGACAGACUCUGUGAGCAAGGGGGCUGGCUCCUUCCCUGGCAGCAACAUCCUCGCCCUUGUCACCCAAGUCAGCCUCCACCUGCGCAGCUCCGUGGAUGCACUGCUGGAGAGGAACAGGUAUGUGACCGGCUGGUUCAGCCCCUACCAUCGCAGGCGCAGGCUCAUCCACCCGGUCAUGGUCCAGCGCAUCCAGCCUGAGGCACGCAGCCUCCUGGGCAGGUGGAGUGCCCUUGUGCAGGAGCUGGAGGCAGCCCUGCAGCUCACCUUCCACCCGGACGCCGUGGAGGAGUGGCUGGAGGAGAACGUGCAUCCCAGCAUGCGACAGCUGCAGGCGCUGCUGCAGGACCUCAGUGAGGCGGCCACGCCCCAGUUCCUGGUUGGUGGCCCCUGCUGGAACCAAGCCGGCCCCUCGCAGCCACGCCCUGCUGAGCCUGGGGGCUGUGCGGGGCUGGGUAACCCCCAGGAUGCACAGGGGUCUCUGGGGAAGAAGCAGAUGGCAGCAGAGGACACACUCAGCAGGGACCUGGGGCCAUGAUCUGCACACAGAACUUUAUUCUGCAAUAAAGAGUGAAAGCUACA